GCUGUACGACAACAGCGAUCGAUUGGCGGCAUCAUUCCUUCAAGAUACCAUUGGCAUUCGGCCACGACAGUCGGUGUUGGAACACCGACUGUCUCGGCCAAAUAUCAAAGGCGACUUGAACCCCAUCUAGCCUGCCUGACAGUAGCGAGGACCAUCGCAUGAGGGCGUUCAGGGCCACGUGUAGUAUGUAGCCCAUCGCGGCGUUAUGUUACGGCCGACAAUGAGUUAAGACUGGUCAGGACUGCCUGUACCCUACCUGUACCACCUCCCCUCGAGUAGAGCGUGUACCCUUGCAGUCUCGUUCAUCUAUCGUCUGAAGUUACCCGUCUUCGAUUGAACUAUUAUCUACUUCCGUCGCGGUUUUUACCGGAGCAGCCAAGAUGAAGCACCAUCGAGCAUUGGACGUCCACGACAUCGUCUGGAGCAUCCUGCAGCACUUCGGACGCGUGCGAAGUGGGACUCUUCCGUACAGCUGUAGUGUGGAUGUUGGGAAAGAUUGGAGAGCCCUCGUCCACUGCUCACUCGUAUCCAGGGCAUUCUCGAGGCCUGCGAUACACUUGCUAUGGCGAGAGCUCCCGUCGCUUCUCCCGUUGCUCUCGCUCUGUCUGCACCUCAACAAGGCCGAGAGCUUCAGCGUUGUUGGUGCGUUUGAUACCCGAUGUGAGGAAACUCUAUGGAGGUCCAACAGCGCCCCUACUCAACGAGGGCUGGAGCGUUUUGCUCACUUCGCCACGUUCGUCGAAUAUAUCAGCAUCCUAAGACGAGAGCAUAUCGACCCCACUAUCCUCAUUCUCCUCUCCCAAACCAAUCCAGACCAGCCGCUCCUCCCGAUGCUCAGAGAGAUCAGAUGUCAGGGCACGGUCUCACCUUUCCUCGAUACGACCGUCACACAUCUUCUUGGACCCAGACUGUGCACGCUGCUGAUCUAUGGGAACCAAUAUCCGAUGCUCGGCGCUGUGAAGACUCACGAGACGUACGCGAUCAGACAUAUCCUACGCGAGCUGCCCUCCAAGGCUCCGCAUUUGCAAGAGCUGUACAUAUAUCAGCAUGCCGCACGCGAUGCUUCGCGCAUGAUGUCUAUUGUCCAACUCCACGACCUACGAACGCUGCGCAUAUGGUGUCAAUCGGAGGCCCGGGAGCAGUGGUUUGGACCCUUCAUGUCCCGGCUGGCCAAAUUGGAGCACCUCCGUGAUCAUGAAUUGCCCUUGGGGCAUUGGAUAGCGGAUACGCUGCCUACAGCCAUAGGAGGCUUCCCUCAGCUACGAAAGCUGAGGCUCGAUGGAGAGAGCCGUCAGGAUAUGUUGUGCUUGCGGCCGCUAGCGCGUGGCAUGCCUCCUCUGCGGUUGGAACGUCUUGAGGUCGUCAACACUGUCGUGAACAGCUUCGCAGACGAUUACGGGGCCUUGGAGGACUUGACCUCGGCGUGCGCUGACGCGCUAGCGAUCGUCAUCUUGGGUUUGGAACCGGGCAGGGACGCUCUCGGACGCCGUGGCCCUAUGCCAGUGUUCAACUUCCUUCGACCACUCGUGCAACUGCGUCUCCUGCAGUUUUGCGAUAUCUCUUACUCCAGAAGCUUGACAAUCACGGACGACGACCUGCGCAAGGUCCGCGGCGCUUGGCCUCUCCUGAAGGCAUUUGUGUUGUCCUGGUCGCGCCCAUACAAGGCGAGCACGGUACCUUCCUUCCGCGGCAUCGUAGACUUCCUACAGGAGGCCCCUCAUUUGAUGGAGCUUCGGCUCCAGGCUAUAACCAUGGACGGAGAAGUGGCGCGGUGUGUCAAGGUCAACACUUUACCUUCGAAUCUCAUGGUCGAGGAUGAACAUAUCCAUGAUCCAGCAGCAUUCGCGCGGAUUCUUCGCACAUUAUUCCCGAAUGUUCGUGUCCGCGAGGGUGCCCUGGAAAAUGCAUUGUCGUCAAAGUGGAGCAUAGUUAUGUCGAGGUUAAGAGAAAACCCAACAUAUACGCACUUGGUUUACCGUGUUUCAGACGACGUCAUAGCGAACUAUACACAGUGACCUUCAGCAAACACGUUGCGAUCUGACAACUGCUACAAUAGGAUGUAACUCUUAGCUAGUGAA